CACAUGACUUCCUCACCACCGGGUUCUGCGAGCAGCAGCAGCGGUCGGUCCACCGGGACCCACGGCCACUGUAGCGGCGGUGGGUCGCUUUGCGUCACGCGGCGCUUCGUCUCCUGCUGGUGUCACAUGACCGCGAGCUCCACACAUUUGCGGAAGGAAGCAGUCGACGCGACCGCCGCGUCGAAAGGGUCCGUGCGCCGCACGGGAGUGCGGGGAGGUGUGAAGUUCCGAUCCAGAUGGAACGUGGACCGAGACGCCGGCACGGGACGCGCGCGCGAUAAUAACGCACAUGGAGUGCACGGCCUGAAUGUGAAACCGCAGUGAAGCAGGACUGGGGCUUCUGGAAUCAGGAUGAAGUGCUUGCUCAUAGCCAGUGAGAGUGCCGAGGUGCUCUUCCACUGGACCGACCCAGACUUUCAGCAGAGCAUCCAGGAGCAGUAUGGCUCGUCCCAGGAGGAGGGCCAGGGGCUUCCUGCGUUCGAGGACAGCAUCAGCACCCUGUUCGCUCCCAUCGUCAUCUCCUGCAGCACCAUGAUGGACCGGCUGGGCGACGGCUACACCUCCUUCACCGCCGAAAACAACCACCUCUACAUUCUACACCAGGUCGACGAGUGCGUCUACAUCGCCGUGAACGGGGACGGCGAGGAGGGCGAGGACGACCUGAGGAGGAAGAUCUACGUGAUGAAGAAGCUGAUCGAGGUGCUGUUCGGCAUGGUGACCCUCAGCAGCCCCCUCCUCAGGAAAGAGCUGCGGCCGCAGGACACGGAGCGACGGGCGCGGCUGUGGAAGCAUCUGCAGGGCCUGCUGGACACCUACUGCCGCCUCAGGGACAGCGACCAGAGCUUCUUAGUGGAGGCCGUGGAGCGGCUCAUCCACCCCACGCUGUGCGAGCAGUGCAUCGAGUUCCUGGAGCGGCGCCUGGUCCAGCAGCUCAACAGCAGCGCGGAGCGCGCGGGCGAGGAGGUGCUGCACGCCUUCAUCCUGGUCCACACCAAGCUGCUGGCCUUCUACUCCAGCCGCAGCGCGAGCGCACUGUCCACCUCGGACCUCCUGACCCUCAUCGUUAUGGCCCAGAACAUGUACCCCAGCAGCGCGGACCUGGACGACCCGGGCCCUGAGGACAUUGACAGCACAUCAGGUUCUGGUCAAGAGAGUUAUUACACGCCUGAACCCUCCCCCACAGACAACGACUCAAGCGAUUCAGACAAGCCACUUAUAGGAGGUACUCCCGUCUUUGAGUUCAUUGACCCAGAUGUGCAGAUGGCGGAGGACAGCCUGCAGACCCUGGAGGUGCCUCCGCCCGACCCCUCAACCCCGUGCAGAGUCUUCCUAGAGGUGUCGGGCAAAGACGGGCUGUAUCCCAUGAUGCCUCACUCCCUGUACUGUCUGCCACUGUGGCCUGGUAUCACACUAGUGCUGCUUGCCAAGGUUCCUACCAGUGCUGUGGCCAUGUCGGUGUAUACGUUUCUGGAGGCGUUCGCUAAGCUGGAGAAGCGUUUACACGAAGGCCACGAAGGCUCCGCAGCUACAAGAGGUCAACUGAGCGUGCAUGAGCUCCGCCACAAACUGGACAAAUUCAUUAAAGCCCUGGCACAGAGUGAGAUUCAGACGGCACAUUUGCAAAAUGUCUGGACCGAGUUCAAGAACCGAGCCUUUGCUAAAGGAGGACCUGGCCUCAGCAAAGGACUAAUCGGAUGGUGUAAAAAUAUGAAGACCCAGCUGUGUGGUAUCUACCGACAGUGUUUCCUCAUCGAGUCUGGGUCAGCCCACGUGCCUCGUCAUCUCUCCUCUGCACUGCAGGAGCGAGCCCAAACCAUGGUGCAAGACACACUGAUGGACUGGAAGGACUUCCUGUUGGUGAAAAGCAAGAGGAAUAUCACCAUGGUGUCUUACCUGGAGGACUUCCCAGGGCUCAUCCAUUUUAUCUGCGUGGACCGAUCCACCGGCCAAAUGAUUGCACCGUCCCUCAGCAUUACAGAACGCACCACGUCUGAGCUGGGGAAGGGGCCAGUGGCGCAGUUCAUCAAAAGCAAGGUGUGGAGUCUGGUCAAUACGACGCGACACUACCUCCGCAAGGGUUACUCCACGGUCACCCUGCGGGAUGGAGAUUUCUACUUCUGCUACUUUCUUUGGUUCGAAAAUGAAACUGGCUAUAAGCUGGAUGCAGGGGAGAUUCCCAUCCUUCCCGAUGACUCCGCCCCCAUCGGGAUGCUCGCCUGGAACUACUACAGGAAGCUGCUGCGCUACUACAGCAAGAAUCACCAGGGCGAGGUGGUGAAGUGCUACGAGCUGCUGACGGUUCACCUGGGGGUCAUCCCCACUGAGAUCAUCCUGCAGCACUGCAGACAGCUGGCGAGCAAACUGUGGGAGCCGUCGCGCAAUCCACUGCUGUGACCACACACGCACAACAACACGCUUCUUGUGCUGCCAAAAAAAGCUCUCUAGAUAUUUAAAGUGACAAUUUUUCAUUUUGUUGUCUGAGAUAAUUGUCUGAAGCACUUAAAUGAUCAAAGGCAGUAAAACCUCACUGUGCACUAUUAUUGCGCUUGAUGCCACACCUCCAUUGCUGUAGAUUAUAUGAAUAUAUUUGAAUUCUCAUUUAUGACAAUUUGUGAUAUUACUGAUAUUUUUUCAUUGUUUUUAAAUUUUGCAGCUGACUUUGCAGAAACUGUCCUUUUUUGCAGCCGAUGAUGUGAUACUGUACAACUUCUGGAGAAAAAACAAUAAAUAGCAGUAGUCUCACA